AUGAAGCGCAACCCAAGGAAGCUGAAGUGGACCAAGGCGUUUCGUAAAUCUGUUGGCAAGGAAAUGACCGUUGACACCACCCUUCAAUUUGCUGCCCGCCGCAACAUCCCUGUCCGCUACGAUCGCAACCUUGUGUCUGCAACGCUCAAAGCUAUGCAACGAGUCUCGGAGAUCCGGGCAAGGAGGGAGAGAGUCUUCUUCAAGAACCGCAUGGCUGGUAAUAAAGAGAGGGUGAGGGCUAGGAACAGGAAGUUGGUGGCUGAGAACGAACAUCUAUUGCCACGGCAAAGAGCAAGCGAGACAAUGGCUGCAGAGAUGGAAGAGCCGUUGGAAGUCGAGGCGAUGGAGGUUCCGGUGCAAAAGGUGAAAGAGAAGAAGAGGGUGAAGCAGAGGAUGAAGGUUGGGGGUGGCAUGGAGGACAACAUGGAUGUAGACUGA